AUGCUCGAAAAUGGUGUACUUGCCGAGAACGCUUUGCUUCACAACUUUCUACCGGACCUCAAUUUUGGUUUCACGUGUUCAAACUUUGAGCACCCAACGUCGACUAAUAUGGAAAUUUCUGUCGAUAGCGCUGACGAUCAAGAUGUUCGCGCUUGGUUCGCGCGAUGGUUUUACUCGCCGCUCUGA